AUGGAUUCCAGUCCCAUCCCAAGUGCCCAAGUCAGUCCAGCUAUAGCUCCGAUACAGCUUUCAUUUCUGGCUCCAAAAUCCCUGUAUACGACUGUACACAUCCACUUGACGUUUUUCGCAACAUCAGCAUUGCUAUUCCUCACAACGACCAACAUGGGAGAGUCUGGCACGUCAUCAAAGCCGAUGGGAAGCUUCGUCUACGCGAUGCCUGAUCGUACCAACCCGAGAAACACAAUCAGCACACCGCUUUAUAUGUCACAAUCCACCGUCGACUACGCCACACGGACGGCACGGGCACUUGCGCACAGAAUGAACAUGCCUGUUUAUGUUGGUUGCAGCGUCGACUUUUCAGGUUCUACCGUCGAAGAAGAAAUGGAGGGCUUGAAAAAGAUUUUGGAGAUAGUCAUAGAAAAGUGGCAAGAGAGAAAUAAACAGCUAAAGGGUGACGAAGCGGUGCAUUGCGCCACAGUCUCAUGA